UCUGUCUAUUGGAUAUCUCUUCCUACUACCUCUGCCUGUUGGGUACGCGUCCUUACCCAUCACUGCCUGUUGGAUGCGAGUCUUUAUCUGUCUCUACCUGUUGGGUGCCUGCUUCUGCCUGUUGGGUGUCUCUCCUUAUCUGCCUCUCCAUGUUGGUGCCUGCCUCUGCCUAUUGGGUACCUGUCUACUCAGCAGCUGGGUUGACAUGGGGCUUCCCCUUUGGAGGCCCACAGGGAGGAUGGGGGGCCAGCCAGAGGGCAGCCCUCAGGCACUGGGGAUGGGGAAACAGAGAGGAAGGGAACGUAGUGAGGGUGUAGGCCUGGAGCUAGGAAACCACAGGCCCUGGGUGAUUGGCUGUCCUGGGCCGGGCCCAGCCCCCGCCCUUACCCUGCACAUCCGCCCUGGGCCCGGCCACCUCCGCAGCAGCCCCGGACGCUGCCUGCUCCUGCCAUGGUGCCGUGGCCCUGCUGGGCGGAUGGAGCAGGAUCCCAAGCCGCCCCGUCUGCGGCUCUGGGCCCUGCUCCCCUGGCUGCCCAGGAAGCAGCGGUCCAGGAUCAGCCAGACCUCUCUACCUGCCCCUGGCCCUGGCUCUGGCCCUCAGCAGGACUCGGAUGAGGGCAUCCUCAAGGAGAUCGCCAUCACACAUCAUGUCAAGGCUGGCUCUGAGAAGGCCGAUCCAUCCCACUUUGAGCUCCUCAAAGUUCUAGGCCAGGGAUCCUUUGGCAAAGUCUUCCUGGUGCGGAAGGUCACCCGGCCUGACAGUGGGCACCUGUAUGCCAUGAAAGUGCUGAAGAAGGCGACCCUAAAAGUGCGUGACCGUGUUCGGACUAAGAUGGAGAGAGACAUCCUGGCUGAUGUAAACCACCCAUUUGUGGUGAAGUUGCACUACGCCUUCCAGACCGAGGGCAAACUCUAUCUCAUUCUGGACUUCCUGCGUGGGGGAGACCUCUUCACACGGCUCUCAAAAGAGGUUAUGUUCACGGAGGAGGACGUGAAGUUUUACCUGGCCGAGCUGGCUUUGGGCCUGGACCACCUGCACAGCCUGGGAAUCAUUUACAGAGACCUUAAGCCAGAGAACAUCCUUCUGGAUGAAGAGGGCCACAUCAAGCUAACAGACUUUGGCCUGAGCAAGGAGGCCAUUGACCACGAGAAGAAGGCCUACUCCUUCUGCGGGACAGUGGAGUACAUGGCCCCUGAAGUGGUCAACCGCCAGGGCCACACCCACAGUGCAGACUGGUGGUCCUAUGGGGUGUUGAUGUUCGAGAUGCUGACGGGCUCCCUGCCGUUCCAGGGGAAGGACCGGAAGGAGACCAUGACGCUAAUUCUGAAGGCAAAGCUGGGCAUGCCCCAGUUUCUGAGCACGGAAGCCCAGAGCCUUCUGCGGGCCCUGUUCAAGCGGAAUCCUGCCAACCGGCUCGGCUCCGGCCCUGAUGGGGCAGAGGAAAUCAAACGGCACGUCUUCUACUCCACCAUUGACUGGAAUAAGCUUUACCGCCGUGAGAUCAAGCCUCCUUUUAAGCCAGCCGUGGCUCAGCCUGAUGAUACCUUCUACUUUGACACUGAGUUCACAUCCCGCACACCCAGAGAUUCUCCAGGCAUCCCCCCCAGCGCUGGUGCCCAUCAACUCUUUCGUGGCUUCAGCUUUGUGGCCACUGGCCUGAUGGAGGAUGACGGCAAGCCUCGAGCCACCCAGGCGCCACUGAACUCAGUGGUGCAGCAACUCCAUGGGAAGAACCUGGUUUUUAGCGACGGCUACGUGGUAAAGGAAACCAUCGGUGUGGGCUCCUACUCUGUGUGCAAGCGCUGUGUCCACAAGGCCACCAACAUGGAGUAUGCUGUCAAGGUCAUCGAAAAGAGCAAACGGGAUCCCUCAGAAGAGAUUGAAAUUCUUCUGCGGUACGGACAGCACCCCAACAUCAUCACUUUGAAAGAUGUGUACGAUGAUGGCAAACACGUGUACCUGGUGACGGAGCUGAUGCGGGGUGGGGAGCUACUGGACAAGAUCUUGCGGCAGAAGUUCUUCUCUGAGCGGGAGGCCAGCUGUGUCUUACACACCAUCAGCAAGACUGUGGAAUAUCUGCACUCACAGGGGGUUGUGCACAGGGACCUCAAGCCCAGCAACAUCCUGUUCGUGGACGAGUCGGGGAAUCCCGAGUGCCUACGCAUCUGUGACUUCGGCUUUGCCAAACAGCUGCGGGCUGAGAAUGGGCUCCUCAUGACACCUUGCUACACAGCCAACUUCGUGGCACCCGAGGUGCUGAAGCGCCAGGGCUAUGACGAAGGGUGUGACAUCUGGAGCCUGGGUAUUCUGCUCUACACCAUGCUGGCGGGAUACACUCCGUUUGCCAACGGGCCCAGUGACACACCAGAGGAAAUCCUGACCCGGAUCGGCAGUGGGAAGUUUACGCUCAGCGGAGGAAACUGGAACACAGUUUCAGAGGCAGCCAAGGACCUGGUAUCUAAGAUGUUGCAUGUGGACCCCCACCAGCGCCUCACAGCCAAGCAGGUCCUGCAGCAUCCAUGGAUCACCCAGAAAGACAAGCUUCCCCAGAGCCAGCUGUCCCACCAGGACCUACAGCUUGUGAAGGGAGCCAUGGCAGCCACAUACUCCGCACUCAACAGCUCGAAGCCCACCCCGCAGCUAAAGCCCAUCGAGUCAUCUAUCCUGGCCCAGCGGCGAGUGAGGAAGCUGCCAUCCACCACCCUGUGAGGGGCCAGAGCUGUCAGGCCACAGGCAAUGCUAGCUUGACGGACACAGCAUCCUUCCCAGUGGGAGCAGGCCCAAGCCACAGGGCCAGAGGGAACUGGAACGCUAAAGGGCCCGGGAAGCAGCCAGCCCAGAUCACCCCUAGUGAGGGUGUGAGAAGUGCCUUCUUCCCCAGGACGGACUCUUCUCGGCUCAGGCUCUCCAAGUUGAAAGUGAUUCACUGUAAAGACUCUUUUUUUUUUUUU